ACCAGUAAAGGAACAGAGAGAGGGGAGGAGAGGGGGGCAGAACAUAAAGUGGAGCAGGCACGGGAGGAACGUUUUUGUGUUUGCCCUGAGCCCACUGUGGUAGAGAGAGGGGACGAGGAGGGUGAUUCUCUGUGGCCAGAUUAGAGAGAACAUGUGUGUGUCUGUGACCGUGCGGGUGGGGCUUGUCUUCCUCGGGUCCGCCCUGCUGCCGCUCUCCUGCUCCCAAGGACAGGACCCGUUCGCCUGGCUGCACGGCCCUCAGGGCCUGCGCUACGGCUCCCUGCAGCCAGACACGGCGGGAGGGGAGUGCCCGGAUGAGUGUGACUGCCCCCCUUCCUUCCCAGUCGCCAUGUACUGUGACGGGCGGGGCCUGACAGCCAUGCCAAGCAUCCCCUCCCGCAUGAAAUACUUGUACCUCCAAAACAAUGCCAUCAAUGCUGUGCCCGACUCGGCUCUGGUAAAUGCAACCAAUCUGGUGUGGCUCAUGAUGCACUACAACCAGCUGACAUCCGACGCCAUCGGCGAGAAGGCAUUUCUACAGUUGAAAGGACUGGAGCGUUUGUAUCUGCAACACAACAAUUUGACUGCCUUUCCUCCAAACCUCCCUCGCACCCUGCAAGACCUAAGAAUCAACAACAACAAGAUUGAAAAGGUAACGCUUGCAGAUCUGGAGGGAAUGGAUAAUCUCACUAUCCUGUAUCUCCAUGACAACGCUGUCACAGACACGGGGACUUCACUGAAAGCACUCAAAUCCCUCACACUGUUGGAGAUCAGUGGCAACAAGUUGACAAAGGUCCCAGAGGCCUUCCCCGAACAUCUGCAUCAACUCUACAUGGAGUCCAACUCCAUUGAUUCUCUACCAGAUGGAUUCCUGGGGCAGUUCACUCAGCUGCAGUACGUCAGGAUGGCUCACAAUCAGCUGACAGACAAGGGUAUUCCUGCCAACGCCUUCAAUGUGACUGGGCUGAUAGAGCUGGACCUGAGCUUCAAUAAACUGGAGAGAAUCCCUCCAGUGAGCACCAAACUACAGCAUCUCUACCUGCAAGCCAACCAGAUCAAAGAGUUCACUCUGGGUAGUUUCUGCAGCGUUGUGGACGUGACAAACUUCUCUGAGCUCCAGACGCUUCGACUUGAUGGGAACCAGAUCGGUCUUGAGGACAUCCCUACAGAUUCAAGCCUGUGCUUGCGCCUGACUUCAAGCAUUGAAGUCUAGCUGUCACUCUGCUCACAACACAGCUAUCUACUAACAUAUUUAGCCAAUAACAACAGCAGGUGGCAGCAAUUCUUUCCGAUUCACAUCACAGUAAAAAGCAAAAGUUUUUACAUGUGGUUUUUUACAUGACUAUGAUUUUAAUUGAAGAAGCUGGAUAGCAGAUAUUUUACAUCUCACACCGCAGAUAUUUUUAUAAAACAAACACGUUAAACUUGAAAUGAGUUUGUCCGGACAAAUGGUCAAUCUUGUUUUACUUGAUUAUAGAUAGAACUGAAAAAGUAAUUUUCAUUUUGUCCCCAGAGGCUUAUGUUUUUGAGCACUUGAUCUCAUUUUGAAAAAAUCAAAUUUGACUGCAGCACGAUUUAAAUUAAUCACGCAGUGAGUGAUUCAUCACGAUUAUAAGUAUGUUUUAAGUAAUCACUUUAGAAAGCGUGUAUUUUUAGACAAUGUUUUAGACAAUGUUGCAACAGUGGUGGUCCUUUGCAGACUCUGUGCCGUGCAAUGUAGAUUUAUUACUGUAUUAUAAGUAUUGUAUUAUAAUAAACUGUACUGUGUAGUAUAUUACAUCUUAAGAUGGAAGUAGUCUAGCAGCUAGCUUAGCUUAGCCUAGUGGUGCGUAAAGUGGUCCAUUUACCGCUCACCUCCUUCUGUUUGACAAGUGGAGUAAUUCCUGUGCACAGUUCUCCGCUGCAUGUCAUGCCGGAGUUUGUUUUACUUCCAAUGCAAAAAGCUCAGCACCAUCUUGCUCUCUUUUUGUUUCUGGGGUUAACUUUGUUUUGCAACUGCGUUCAAAUAUUUCAUUUCGACCACAUUAAUCGCAUAGAUUAACGUGUUUGAAAGCCCUCAUUAAUAGCAAAUAGCAAAUAGUGUCAUUUAUUUUGGUGAUAUAGGAGUUCAAUAUUAUUAUUUUUUUUAAGAUUCAGUUUUAAGAUGCUAAUGUUAUACAUAGGUGAAUGAGCCCUUUGGCAAAAAAAAUACCAUGCAUAAGCCAAAUAUUAAAGGAGCCACAACAACAAUAGUUUUUUUUCUAUUAAAAAUUAUAUAUUUUGAUUUGAGGUUCAAUGAUCUUUUUAAUCAGUGUUUUAAGCUGUUUCAUCUCUCUUUCUACAAAGCAUGCCUUGUAAAUCAUUAGCUUACAAUAUCUUCCUGACUUCUCUCACGACCAUUUCCAGAAAUGAUACCUUCUUGUAAUAGGUACAUUGUCUAAUUUUUAUUGACAAAAAUGCUAAAAAGUGUUUUUAAAGGAUCCUCUUGUUUCAAAUAAAAAUAAACUUUCUUCAGGAACAUAGAAUGAUACCUCUGUAUCAUGUGAAAUAUAUACCUAUUCUAUACAAUGGGCUUUGGGUAAAUUAAUUAGGAUUCUUGAGUUACUGUAUGAUUUACAUAGAUGUUUAUAACAAAUGUUUUAAUCCUACAAGCCUUUUCAGGAUAAAUAAAAGCUGUGAUUAAAAAAAAAACGCACACCGUACCUUUUGUCU